AUGUGGUCUGAUUUUGAAGGGCGUGAUAUGGGCAUGUCAUUCUGGAAGGUUACAAUGACUUGUGAUGAGGAGUCGAUAAAGCGUCAGAGUCAUCCAAAAUUUUACUGCAGCUUGGAUGCUUGGAAACAGAAUUCGGAAGCUUCAAAAAAACUUCACAAUUCUGUACGGCCGCUAAUUAUACAAGAAGAAAGAAGCGAAUUGGCUAAAAAUCAUCGAAGGUAUAUUGAAGAAGAAAUGAAGAAGUUCAGCGAACAACAAGCUAAACAUCGAGAUGCUGUUCCAUUAAUACCUCAAAUGAGUGUAAUGCCUCCGCAACAGAUGCAUCCAACUCGUUUUGCUCCAGCCUCUGGUGCUGGCUACAAUCUCAUUUCAGCGCAUCCUAUGAUUGCCUCUGGGAGGGCAAUGAAUCCUCGAAAACGUACUUACGAAGACGGUGCAGUUGGCUGGUUGCAACACCCAGCGACAGUGGCUCGAGGAGGAAAUGAAUUAUCGAGUUCAAAUCUGGCUGGCAGAAGUGUCCCGUUUUCGCAGCCUAUGAGCAUAAUGCAUAAUCUACAGAAUAAGGAAAUCGUAGGAAUGAGUUCGCAACCAGAGUCUGCGAUCAGAAAUGUUCGGCAGCAGAAUGUAGGGCUGGUAAUAAAUAAAGCGUCUGGGGCUCAAGUCUGUCAAGUUCCAGUUGUAACGUGUGCGAACAGCGAUGCACACUGCAAUGGGUCAGCAAUUGCUGAUUUGGGAGAUUCACAAAUGCGUAAUUUCAUGGACCAACUUAAGCAUGGAAAUACACUUAAUGAUCUUGGUGAUGGGUGUUUGGAUGAUCUUUUAAAUGCACCUAGUGAUUGUAUACAGCAGCCUUCUACAUCAACUACAGAUAAAUUUAAUGAUAAGAUAGAAUCACCAGCCGCGAGAACGAUUCCGUCCGUCAAUUCUAGUUCGAUCGUUUCUCCUGGGUCAGCUGCUGCGCAAAGUAUCAUCGAUGGUCCGUCCUCAGUUUCAUCGUCUCGAAUAAACAGUAACAAUCCGAUGACGGGCGAAAGAACAGAAUCUAAUGCUUCAAGGAAGCAAACUCCUGAUUCUGGUGCAGACUAUGGUAAUCCGGUGGGAGUUUCUUUGAGCAGCAUCAAUCCCUCAUCUGGUCCGCUUUCAAACUGUUGCCUUUCACAAGCUCCUUCUACUUCUGUGUUUCUUCAUAAUGGAAUCGUCAAUAACAACAACGCGCCCGCAGCCUCAACUGGAGCCCAUUUACAGAUGUGUAGUCCGUCACUUUCAAACCAGUUAAAUUCCUAUCCUUCUGGCGGCGACCCACGAUUUAUGCAGCAGCCAAGUAGUCAUACUUACAGAAUGAUGCCGCAGUCCGUGCCGGGGCAACCCUACCUCUACCCGAAAGAUAACAAUGUUGGGCCGUUAGUUAGGCCGCAACAGAGGUUUAUGAACCCAACAGAGCCUAAACGGCCGCAAAUAGUAAACCAUGAAUAUCAUCUUGCGUCGAUGUCCUCACAAGCUCCAGGUUCUUACGGAAGUCAACCUAAGCCACAGGAACUGGCUAGAGUGACGCCAGUUUGCAAUCGUAGACCUGUUGCUCCACUACAUUACCAGUCAGCCGCUGUGACGUCCGGAGAAGCUCCACAAAUGACUUCUACUCAAGGUCAAUUGUUCCCCGAUCAGUACGUGAUGCAACCGGCCUUGAACAGGCCCCAACAAGAAAUGUAUCAGAACUACUCUAUGGUUUCACCCAGGGAGCAUCAAAUGGCUGUGUAUCCGGUAGGCGCUAAAAUUUCAAUACCUCAUCAACAGCAGUUCCCUAACAGUUAUAUGCCAUCAUCCCAACCAUAUUUCCCUCCGUCUAAUGUUUCAUAUAGAUAUCCUUAA